UAGAAAAAAUGAAAUAUUUUAUUUUGAUCGGCAUUCUGGUUCAAUCUUUUUCAUUUGAACUUCAAAGUUUUUCAAAUGAUCCUCAGAUUCCUAUGAAGGAUCCGGAAUGGAGAAGAUUUAAAAUAAAGUUUGGUAAAUUUUAUAGCAACGACGAUGAAGAAAAAUCAAAAUAUUUGAUCUGGAAAAUGAACAAUGAAAAUAUAAAAAUUCAUAACUCCGAAAACCACUCUUUCGAAAUAGGAAUAAAUCAGUUUUCUGAUCUGACUCAUGAAGAAUUUAUAAAGAUUUAUGGACGAUGUUUGAAACUUCCAAAGGAUAUUGUAAAUACCACAAAAGGAUCUACAUUUUUACCUCCUAAUAAUGUCAAUAUACCUGAAAAGAUAGACUGGAGAACUAAAGGUUACGUCACCCAAGUUAAGGACCAAGGAUCAAAGUGUGGAUCAUGUUAUGCAUUUAGCGCUAGUUAUUUACAAUUAAGAUUCACAUUCAUGAUACAAAAUGAUAUUAUGCAGUUUAAUGCAUGA